GCUUUAGAACCACGGCCGCAAAGAUUGCGAGAGGCAGAAGUUGUCGGAGUGCGUCGGUCGGAGGCUGUCGGGCAGAUCCGGGACUCUGCGCCUUUAUGCUCCGACGGUAGAACGAGAUAUUUAAAAUCAGAGCUGCCUGAAAGAACCCUGCGCUGGUUGUUGCAGAAGAAAACGCAGCCGGUCCUGUGCAGAGAGGAUUGUGAUCUCAGAGCCUCAAACUACUCUGAAAGGUGAUUUACCCAACUUACCUACUGAGAAGUUUUUCCCUCUUUAGUGACAUUUUAACAUCAUAGAUCUUUAAAUGGAGGAGAUGGCUACCACUCAGAUUUCCAAAGAUGAGCUUGAUGAACUCAAAGAGGCCUUUGCAAAAGUUGAUCUCAACAGCAACGGAUUCAUCUGUGACUAUGAACUUCAUGAGCUUUUCAAGGAAGCCAAUAUGCCAUUACCAGGAUAUAAAGUGAGAGAAAUUAUUCAAAAACUCAUGCUGGAUGGUGACAGGAAUAAAGAUGGGAAGAUAAGCUUCGAUGAAUUUGUUUAUAUUUUCCAAGAGGUAAAAAGCAGUGACAUUGCCAAAACCUUCCGCAAAGCAAUCAACAGGAAAGAAGGGAUUUGUGCUCUGGGAGGCACUUCCGAGCUGUCCAGUGAAGGAACGCAGCAUUCUUACUCAGAGGAAGAAAAAUAUGCUUUUGUUAACUGGAUAAACAAAGCUUUGGAAAAUGAUCCCGACUGCAGACAUGUUAUACCCAUGAACCCAAAUACCGACGACCUGUUCAAAGCUGUUGGUGAUGGAAUUGUGCUUUGUAAAAUGAUCAACCUUUCAGUUCCUGAUACAAUUGAUGAAAGAGCAAUCAACAAGAAGAAACUGACACCCUUCAUCAUUCAGGAAAACUUAAACUUGGCACUGAACUCUGCUUCCGCCAUUGGGUGUCACGUUGUGAACAUCGGUGCCGAGGAUUUGCGGGCUGGGAAACCGCAUCUGGUUCUGGGACUGCUUUGGCAGAUCAUUAAGAUUGGUUUGUUCGCCGACAUUGAAUUAAGCAGGAAUGAAGCCUUGGCCGCCUUACUUCGAGAUGGUGAGACUUUGGAGGAGCUUAUGAAAUUGUCUCCGGAAGAGCUUCUGCUCAGAUGGGCAAACUUUCACUUGGAAAACUCGGGCUGGCAAAAAAUCAACAACUUUAGUGCUGACAUCAAGCUUAUUGACUUCAGUAAUUCAGUGAAGGAUUCCAAAGCCUAUUUCCAUCUUCUCAAUCAAAUUGCACCAAAAGGACAGAAGGAAGGUGAACCACGGAUAGAUAUUAACAUGUCAGGUUUCAAUGAAACAGAUGAUUUGAAGAGAGCUGAGAGUAUGCUUCAACAAGCAGACAAGUUGGGUUGCAGACAGUUUGUCACCCCUGCUGAUGUUGUCAGUGGAAACCCCAAACUGAACUUAGCCUUUGUGGCUAACCUGUUUAAUAAAUACCCGGCACUAACCAAGCCCGAGAACCAGGAUAUUGACUGGACUCUGUUGGAAGGAGAAACUCGUGAAGAAAGAACCUUCCGUAACUGGAUGAAUUCUCUUGGUGUUAAUCCCCAUGUAAACCAUCUCUAUGCUGACCUGCAGGAUGCCCUGGUAAUCUUACAGUUGUAUGAACGAAUUAAAGUUCCUGUUGACUGGAGUAAGGUUAAUAAACCUCCAUACCCGAAACUUGGAGCCAACAUGAAAAAGCUAGAAAACUGCAACUAUGCUGUUGAACUGGGAAAGCAUCCUGCCAAAUUCUCCCUGGUUGGUAUCGGAGGGCAAGACCUGAACGAUGGAAACCAAACUCUGACUUUAGCUUUAGUCUGGCAGCUGAUGAGAAGAUAUACCCUCAAUGUUCUGGAAGACCUCGGAGAUGGGCAGAAAGCUAAUGAUGACAUCAUUGUCAGCUGGGUGAACAGAACAUUGAGUGAAGCUGGAAAAUCAACUUCCAUUCAGAGUUUUAAGGACAAGACGAUCAGCUCCAGUUUGGCAGUUGUGGAUUUAAUUGACGCCAUCCAGCCGGGCUGCAUAAACUAUGACCUUGUUAAGAGUGGCAAUCUGACAGAAGACGACAAGCACAAUAAUGCCAAGUACGCCGUGUCAAUGGCUAGAAGAAUCGGAGCCAGGGUGUAUGCUCUCCCCGAAGACCUUGUGGAAGUAAAGCCCAAGAUGGUCAUGACCGUGUUUGCGUGCUUGAUGGGCAGGGGGAUGAAGAGGGUGUAAAAUAACCAAUUCGAAUAAAAACAACCUUGCUCCCAGGUGCAUGAUUAGCAGGUCAACUCUUUCCAGGGGAAGUGCUCAUGGCUUAAGGAGCUGAUGGUCAUUGAAAGGACUCAGAGUUUUGAUGAACAAGACUCCUCAUCUUGAGAGCUCACAGGGGAAAGAGUUUUAAUGGCAACAACUCCUCUUUCCCGUAGUCAAAGUUGGAUUUGUCAGGCACCCCUGAAAUGCGCUCACGGCCAAAUCAUUUACUCUCUCUCCUCCUAGAUGGCUGCCCCUGACAUUUCCCAUUGCUGUAUGUCGUCUCUGUGUAUCUUUGCCCCCCCCUUAGAAUGUCCACCUCUUGGGACUUGCUUAGAUGAUCGGAUAUGAAUAUUGUUAGACCAUAAUUUUGUGUUUCCAUCCAGGAUGCUAGUUCUUACUCGAGAACUGGGCUCAGAGGGUAUCUGGAUAGGAGUAUCCUUUGCUUAUCUUUGUAGUACUGAACAUUGGCAGAAGUAACUGGCUGUGCAGAAUGUAAUAGAAGCUUUUCGUAUUCUUUUAUUCUUAAAAUCAGUAUCUUUUUACAGUAUUCUUUCUACGUGAUCUUUUUUGUACAUUUAAGAAUAUUUUGAUUACAUUAAAUGAGACUGCUGAUUUUGCUACUUUUUUUAAGGGGUCUUCAAGUAAGUAAAAACCAUACAUUGUAGGUAGAGGAAAGGUGUCCCUUGAUUUUGCAUCCACCCUCUCACACCCAAGUUGUAAACAGCUGACAUAUUUUGUCUUCAAACACUUGGUUCCAUAUAUGCUUAUUUGUUUUAAAAGCCUGUAUCAUCAAACUCUCUCUUUAGAUUUAAAAUGCUGUUGAAUAUGACACUUUUGAGGAGAGAGUGCGCUCAGAAUGCAGACAGGAGACGGUAGGUCAAGCAUGCUAAGCGUACCAUAAAUUUUCUAAUUUUCCACCUAAAACAAGGAGACGUGGUCACUAAAAAAUAAAAAUAUAUAUGUAGGACGUAAUGUACUCUUGCUUUGUCAAGCUGUUUGCUAUAGUUUCCAAGAUCAUAAUGUUACUCUAACUCUGAAAAGUGAUGUAAUCUGGUAGCAAUGUAUUAGUUCAAAUAAAGGCAUUUACAUAAUAA